AUGACUGUCAAACGGGUGGACCAAGGGCAGCAUUACAGGCCAAGAAUGGCAUUCCUGAAAAAGAUCGAAGCCCUCCUCAUGGAGAUGCAGAAUCCAGACACUGGCAUCAAAAUGCACACUCAGAGGGUGAUGAUCACAAAUAUUCCACAUGCUAUGACAGGUAGUGAUUUACUGCAGUGGAUUAUCCAGCAUCUGAAAAUCGUUGAGGAAGAGGCACUAAACUUGGGGAAUCUAAUUGUCAAGUAUGGAUACAUCUACCCUCUGCAGGAGCCGAAAAACCUCACCCUCAAAACAGAUAGCAGCCUCUACAGAUUUCAGACACCAUAUUUCUGGCCCACCCAGCAGUGGGCAGCAGAUGAUACCGACUAUGCAAUCUACCUAGCCAAGAAAAAUAUUAAGAGGAAAGGGAUUUUGGAAGAGUAUGAAAAGGAACAUUACAACUUGCUAAAUAAAAAAAUAAACUACAAAUGGGAUUUUGUUAUUAUGCAGGCCAAAGAGCAGUAUAGGACAGGAAAGGAACGGAAAAAGGCAGACAGGUAUGCGCUGGAUUGUCAGGAGAAAGCCUAUUGGCUAGUGCAUCGAACACCUCCAGGCAUGCAAGACAUCCUCGACUACGGACUAGACCGAGUAACCGAUCCCAAUGAAAAUAAGAAAAAAACCAUUGAUGUUUAUAGAAGAGAGAUCAUGUACUAUCAGCAAGUCAUCAUGAAGUCCACAGUGAAGUCUUCUGUCUCCCUUGGAGGGCUUGUGAAGUACUGUGAACAGUUCCUCUCCAAUGAUCCCAUCAUGUCUGGAUGCCUCCCCAGCAACCCCUGGAUAACUGAUGACUCUGAGUUCUGGGAGCUCAAUGCAAAGCUAGUGGAAAUCCCUACCAGGAUGCGCGUGGAGCGAUGGGCCUUUAAUUUUAACGAGCUGAUGAGGGACCCGAAAGGCCGGCAGAACUUCCAGCUGUUCCUGAAGAAAGAAUUCAGUGGAGAGAACCUGGGGUUCUGGGAAGCCUGUGAGGACCUGAAGUAUGGAGACCAAUCCAAGGUCAAAGAAAAAGCAGAAGAAAUUUACAAACUCUUCCUGGCUCCAGGGGCAAGGCGCUGGAUUAACAUUGAUGGCACAACGAUGGGCAUCACAGUCAGAGGUCUCAAGCACCCUCAUCGCUACGUUUUAGAUGCUGCUCAAACUCAUAUUUAUAUGCUCAUGAAAAAGGACUCUUAUGGUCGCUAUUUAAAGUCUCCAAUAUACAAGGAGAUGUUGGCCAAGGCCAUUGUGCCCCAAGAGACAGUGAAAAAAAGUUCCAGUUUCCCAUUCGCACGCCGUCACCUCCGCUCCAGCCCCAGCCCCGUCAUCCUGAGGCAGCAGGAAGAAGAGGCCAAGGCCAAAGAAGCAGCAACAAACGUGGAUAUUACCCAGUUGUGUCAGUUCACUGCUCCGGUCCCUCACCUGGCUGUGUACACCGGUACCUCUGUUCCUUCAUCUCCAUCAACUCCGCACCCCUCCUGCCACAUCCCAAACAACCUGCCUUCCCAAUCCCCUGGACACAUCACUCUGCCAAACAGCACUGUCUGCCCCUCACCCAUUAGUGUAGCCCUGGACAGCACCCCCUGCUUGGAGAGGAAAUGGGAAGCCAAUGAGUCUAAUACUAACCACUUUCCUUCUAUCACUGAGAGCACAGAGAUUUCCAUGGACUCUGAAUCAGGCACUUGCAACAGCCAGGUGCUGGGGAACAUGGAAGCCAAGGUGCCUCCCAAAUCCCGGACGACCUUGUCCUUCAGCAGGUUCUUGAAACGGGGAUGUUUAAACUCACCGGUGUUUGCCACUUUCUCGCCGAAGUGCCCGGCUGUCACCCACGGAAAGGUGCAGCCACUGGAUGACCUGGAACAACAACUGCAGCAGAAGUCCAAAAAAGUGACCAACUUCUUCCAGAUAAAAGUGGAUAUUCCUCUGGAGAGCAGAAUCUACCCAAUAGACUCUGAGGAGGAAGAGGAGGACUGCCCCCGGGCUUGUAAGGACUCUGUGAAGGAAGUUAUCUGCCCUUGGGAGAACUUUACAGAACAAGGGAAAGCUGGAUAA